CCGAAACACUUCCACUCACCACCACAACACCAUCACUCACCAUGCCUCGCUCCAUCCUCGUCACCCUGGCCAGCCUGAGCCUUGCCUCAGCCCACUUCAUGCUCAACUCCCCACCCAGCUACCCGAUGGACGACGACGAAGGCGAAGUCAACGGUCCCUGUGCAGGCGCCAACAUCACCGUCGACGACUCCGCGCCGGAGAUUUCGGUCGACCAAUUCCCAAUCAGCAUCUACGUCGGCCACCCGACCGGAUCCUUCGCCUUCUUCGCCACCAACUCCACCGCUGAGCCCAUCACUUGGACUCCUCUCACGCCCGAGGUGGUCAACACGACGGGCAGUGGCGACUUUUGUUUGACCGAUAUCAGUAUUCCCAAGGGUUGGGCGGGCGGUCAGGGUGUGCUGCAGGUGGUGGACACUUCUGUUGAUGGACAGCUUUACCUGUGCGCGCCGGUGAAAUUCGUCUCCGGAGCCAACACCACCGUCGGACCGGGUUGCACCAACGCCACUGGAUUCACCGCCGUGGCAUCGAACGGAGCAGGCGGAAAGGGUGCUGGCUCGGGCUCGGAUUCCAGCAAGGGCUCCGGUUCAGGCUCGAGCAACAGCACGGGAGGUUCAGAGGCGAAGAAGGGAUCUGCUGCGUUGACCAGUGUGGCCGGAAGUGUUGUCGGCCUUGGUCUGCUCGCGGCCGCUCUCGCGUUCUAG